GGAAGCUACAACAUAGUACAAACUCACCUCCAAGUCCACGCUUUUGUUCUUGCAGAGUAAGAGAGAGGAGGUGGACAAAUAAAGCUAUAAUUUUUAGAGGGGUUACCACCCUCACCUUCUGCCAAACCAAACCCACCCUUUUCUGUCUUCAAGCUACUAUCGUGCUGAGAGCUGAACAAGAAGAUGGGGGGUGGAAAUCAAGAGGCAGUCAAGCAGCUGCAGACCCUGAUGGAAAAUGUGGAUGAUGAGCAGCUGAAGAAUACAUUCCAGAUUAUGCACCAGGGUUAUCAAACGGAAACGUUAAUACGGUUUCUCAAAGCUAGGGACUGGAGUGUUGCCAAAGCCCAUAAAAUGUUAAUUGAUUGUUUGAACUGGAGGGUGGAAAAUGAGAUUGACAAUGUUUUAAGGAAGCCUAUCCCUACGGAUUUGUACAAAGCCAUACGGGAUUCUCAACUUAUAGGAAUGUCUGGUUACUCAAAGGAGGAUCUACCUGUCAUUGCUGUUGGUGUUGGGCUCAGUACAUAUGAUAAAGCAUCUGACAAAUACUAUAUACAAUCACACAUCCAACUGAAUGAAUAUAGGGAUCGAGUGAUCUUGCCAACAGCUACAAGGAAACAUGGACGAUACAUUGGCACCUGUGUUAAAGUGUUGGAUAUGUCUGGUUUAAAAUUUUCUGCAUUGAAUCAAUUGAGGUUGUUGACUGCUAUAUCUACAAUAGAUGACUUGAACUAUCCGGAAAAGACAGACACAUACUAUAUUGUUAAUGCACCAUAUGUAUUCUCAGCGUGUUGGAAGGUUGUGAAGCCUCUUUUGCAAGAAAGAACCAGGAGAAAAAUCCAGGUGCUGCAAGGUUGUGGGAAGGAGGAAUUACUAAGGGUCAUGGACUAUGAAUCCCUUCCACACUUCUGCAGAAAAGAAGAUUCCAAGUCAUCCAAACAUCAUGCUUCAGGAAACUCUGAAAAUUGUUUCUCCUUCAAUCAUGCCUUCCAUCAACAACUCUACAAUCACAUCAAGCAACAAGCCAUCAUUAUGGAGUCAAUUUCACCAAUCAGACAAGGGUCCUUCUGUGUAGACAUACCAGAGCCAGACCCUGAUGAUGCCAAAAUAGCCAAGACCAUAGAAAAUGAGUUCCACAAAUUGGAGAAUCAGAAGAAUGGUUUUACCAACUCACUAACUGGUCUUACAGUUAAUGGCCAUUGAAAGCUAUGCUACUAAAGCUAGUAACUGUUUUUGGCCUCUCCUGAGCCACUUUUAUUUGUUGAUUACUUUAUGGUCCCUUUUGGAAAAGGAGGGUUAUACUUGUAGGUCAUACUUAUACCCGGUUAUUAGAUUUAAUAUUGUAAUGUUUGCAUCAACUAGAUGCAAAAUUCUUCAGGCAGACCUUAAUCGAAUUUCUACAACCACCUUGAGAUGAUAAGCAUAUGAUAUAUGUUCAAUGUAGAAAAGAUGGCGCCAUGCUACAAUUCAUAUGGCUGUCUUGGUACAUUAAUUGUUGUUUGUCAUCAUUAUUUGAUCUCGAUUGUUUUCUAGUCUAA